GAGUAGUUCAAAUGUCCCGUAUUUGACAGCUUCCAAACAAAAUGGUAACCGCUUGAGUUUGACAGUUUUUCGUGAAAUUGGGAAACAUUUUAUCGGGUUCUUGCUAGUUUUAAGGUGUAAAUUAGGUUGAAUGUUUUGUACAGACUCGGAAAUGUCUGGAAAAACCACCAUUAAGGGUAACCCUUCGCAAUACGUCAAGUUAAAUAUUGGGGGAUGUUUGCAUUACACCACAAUUGGCACUUUAACUAAACAUGAUACGAUGCUGCGUGCAAUGUUUAGCGGCCGGAUGGAGGUCCUAUCCGAUUCAGACGGUUGGAUUUUGAUUGACAGAUGUGGAAAACAUUUCGGCACAAUUUUAAACUUUCUAAGAGACGGCAGCGUUUCUCUACCGGAAACAAGCAAAGAAAUAGCGGAACUACUAGCAGAAUCAAAGUAUUAUUGCAUAGCUGAACUUGCAGAAUCGUGUAAUAAAGUCUUGUUCAAGAAAGAACGUGGGGAACAUGAACCUAUUUGUGGUGUACCUCUAAUAACGUCGCAAAAAGAGGAAGAAAUGUUGAUUGGUUCCACAACAAAACCUGCCAUAAAAUUACUGAUAAAUAGGCAUAAUAAUAAGUAUUCCUACACAACAACUUCCGACGAUAAUCUGUUAAAGAACAUUGAGUUAUUUGAUAAAUUAUCCCUGUGGUACAACAAAAGGGUGCUGUUUUUGAAGGAUGUUAUCAGCACCAGUGAAAUUUGCUGCUGGGUUUUUUAUGGGCAUGGCAAAAAAGUUUCAGAAGUGUGUUGUACGUCUAUAGUAUAUGCCACAGACAAAAAACAUACUAAAGUUGAAUGCCCCGAGGCAAGAAUAUACGAGGAAACACUAAACAUUUUACUGUAUGAGAGCAGAAAUGCCCCAGAUCAAGAAUUAAUGCAGGCCACAUCGUCUAAGCCCCCAGUUUCUGGUAUGAGUUCGUACACUAGCGAUGAAGAAGAAGAACGGUCAGGUUUAGACAGGCUAAGGUCGAACAAGUCAAAUAAUCAGGCCUAGUAUCGCGAAAAAAGUAAUAGGGAGAAGUUAAAAUUGCUAAGAAAGAAAAUGUUUUGUGAGUGUUGAAUUUUUAUUUUUUAUUUUUUGUUUAAUUCAAUUUCAUAGCCAAAAAUAUUUGAAGGAUUUUACAAAAAUCAUAUAUAUUUUUUUGAGACUGAUUUUAAGAGGUAAAUGCAAUGUUAGUUAGAUUUUAAUUGACUAUACUGUACAUUUAAAUACAGGGUCAAAAAAAAUAUUUUUAGUACCACAUUUAUAUAAGAGAAACCAAAAAAUAUAGUCAUAACAUAUUAUGACUAAAUGUAUUAUAAAAAAAAAAAGGAAAUAUGGACAAAAAUAAUUAUAGAUUUCAGUACAGUUCAGCAUAUGCUCAAAUUAAAGAUAAUACAUUUUUAUAAUAUUCAUAAGCUGAAGAUAUUUUGAGUUAUUGACAUAUUAAGUUUAUUCCCAAAAUAUUCCAUGUAUGGAAUCAACUAUACUAACUAAUACUUAAUUUUAUUAUUAUCUGUUUUAAAUAUUGCUUUUUAUUUAUUUUAUGUGCAAAGGAUUGUUGCUAACACAUUUUUUUUAAUUCUAAAAUUCUCUCUACAACCUUUGAGUGAAAUUAUUACCUAAUACUUAAUACUAAAAAUAAAUAAAAAUUAUGCUUUAUUUUGUCAAAUUCAAUGUUUAAUGUUCUGUGAUUUUUCAAUAAUUGUAUUUUAUGUUCUAUUUAAUAAAGUUAAUUAUAGAAUAAUAUAGAGUGAAGAACAUGGUAAAUAAAUAAUUUUAUGAUUAAAAUAACGAAAUAAAAUAUUUUUACCAAUAAAAAAAAUAGUUGUUAUUCACCUAACACGUGGUACAUAUUUAAUUUUAAAAAUUUAGAUAAUAGAACCAAAACAGUGUACUGCUAUACUGUUAAUGGGAUUAUAAGAUUAAAAUCUUAUCUUAUUUGUG